AUGCAGUUCGCAUCUACUCUCGUCUUCCACGUCCUUGCUUUCGCAGCCUGUGCUUUGGCUCUCCCCACCCUGAGCCGGACUGAGACUCGCGCUGUGCCAGACGUCCAAGUCUUCCGGGUAGUUGAGAACAGAAGUCUCCCCAUCAAAGAUCUCAAGCUAACAUAUUACAAGUGCGCUCCUAACAACGACGGCCUGCCCCUAUUCGGCACGUGCUGCCACGAGUUCCGCGAGAAUGGCGACUGCAAAGAUGGUGACAACGCAACUCAAGAGCUUCGCAGAGCCAAGUGGCCUCACCCAAUUCACCUGUGGUGA